UAAUUUCGCCAUAUCCAUGUGACAUGACUCGCUUCUCUCUCUACUUUCCAUAUCUUCGUAUCAUCCGCUUCUAGAGAGAGAAACUCCACACUGACUCACUUAAGCUCCCACACACUUUGAUCAAACUCUAAUUCAUCUUCUAUUCAACAACAUCUUUACAUACAAAACAUCUGUAUCUAUAUUUUAUCCACAUUUCUACCGUUUUAGCGAAGCAUGAAGGCGAAAGUAGUUGUGCUCAAUCCUCCUCUCAACACGUUCGAGCAUAAGAGGGAUGCUUACGGGUUUGCUAUCAGACCUCAGCAUUUACAAAGAUAUCGUGAAUAUGCUAAAAUAUAUAAGGAGGAAGAGGAGGAAAGAUCAGAUAGGUGGUCAGACUUUCUGGAUCGGCAAGCAGAGUCUGCGGAGUUGGCUAUGAAUGAGUUAUCUACAUUAGAGAUUGAUGCACCAUUGGCAGCUGAUGCAACUGAAGAGGUAGCUGAUGAUAGUUUAAAGAAGCAUGAUUUAGAUGAUACUAAGCAUGACUUGAAUGAAAGGGGUCCCCAUUCUGAUAGUAUAAAUGAAGAUGUUUUGGGAGAAGAAGAGGUACCACUUCCUAAGCAGAAACAAAUUCAUCGUAUCCUAACAUGGAGUCAGAUCAGACCAUCCCUCAGUGCUAUUGAAGAUAUGAUGAGUGGUCGUGUGAAGAAGAGGACCUACACUGAAAGUGCAAGCGAAAAGCCUCUUUCGACCACUGAAGAGACAAAACCUCCUAAAGGAGGAUCCGAAGAUGACUCGGAGGAAGAGUUCUAUGAUGUUGAGCGGUCUGAUUCUCCUCAAGAUAUCCAAUUGAAUGACUCUGUAAGCGCCCCUGCAAUUGGUGAUACUGCUGACAUUGCUCCUACAGAAUCUUCUUUUCCUUGGAAAGAAGAACUGGAGUGUCUGGUUCAAGGAGGAGUUCCAAUGGCUUUACGGGGAGAGCUUUGGCAAGCUUUUGUGGGUGUCAGAACACGCAGGGUUGAGAAAUAUUAUCAAGAUUUGCUUGCUCUAGACAAUGGUUCUGGUGAUAUAACUGAACAUCCUAGUUCUGAAUUGGACACCAGUGGUAUUGGUCCAGCGACAGAAGAACCCAUUGAUGUACCUGCGAAAUGGAAAGGGCAGAUUGAGAAGGAUUUACCUAGGACUUUCCCCGGUCAUCCUGCUCUAGAUGAGGAUGGUAGAAAUUCUUUGAGGCGUUUACUGACAGCGUAUGCCAGGCAUAAUCCUUCUGUUGGGUACUGCCAGGCUAUGAAUUUCUUUGCAGGCUUAUUAUUGCUUUUGAUGCCCGAGGAAAAUGCUUUUUGGGCUUUAAUGGGCAUCCUUGAUGAUUACUUUGAGGGGUAUUAUUCAGAGGAAAUGAUAGAGUCUCAGGUUGAUCAACUUGUUUUUGAGGAGUUGGUGCGAGAGAGAUUUCCUAAAUUGGUCAAUCAUCUAGACUACCUCGGGGUACAGGUGGCAUGGGUCACUGGACCGUGGUUUCUUUCAAUAUUUAUGAAUAUGUUGCCAUGGGAAAGUGUUCUUAGAGUUUGGGACGUGCUUUUAUUUGAGGGGAAUCGUGUUAUGCUAUUCAGAACAGCGCUUGCUUUGAUGGAGUUAUAUGGACCCGCGCUGGUGACAACCAAAGAUGCUGGGGAUGCAAUAACGCUACUGCAAUCAUUGGCUGGUUCGACAUUUGAUAGCAGUCAACUUGUUUUGACUGCUUGCAUGGGUUAUCCAAAUGUGAAUGAAUCAAGAUUAGAAGCCUUGCGAAAUAAACAUAGACCAUCUGUACUGGCUGCAAUCCAAGAGAGAUCAAGUGGGCUUCGGUCUUUGACGGAUUCACAAAGCCUUGCAUCUAAGCUAUAUAUUUUUAAGCAUGAUGCAGUAUCCUUAAUUUCUGGUACCAAGAAAACAGAUGCUGCGGAUGAACGCACAGAUGGGGAUAUAAAUCAUACAAGUUCAUCUUUAUCUAAUUCAGAUGAUUUGUCUUCGAAUGUUUCUGGGGUUACGGAGUUGGAUUCUGUCCCUGAUAUUCAAGAGCAGGUGGUUUGGCUUAAGGCUGAAUUAUGCAAGUUGCUCGAGGAUAAACGUUCUGCAAUACUCAGAGCUGAGGAGUUGGAAACAGCUUUGAUGGAGAUGGUCAAACAGGAUAAUCGACGAGAACUGAGUGCAAAGGUUGAACAAUUAGAGCGAGAUGUUGCUGAGCUCCAGCAGGCUCUUUCUGAUAAGCAGGAACAAGAGAGUGUCAUGCUUCAGGUUCUGAUGAGGGUAGAGCAAGAGCAAAGGUUAACUGAAGAUGCUCGCAGAUUCGCCGAGCAAGAUGCGGAAGCUCAAAGAUAUGCUGCUCAAGUGCUUCAGGAGAAACUUGAAGCAACCACUGCCUCCUUAGCUGAAAUGGAAAAAAGGGUUGUUAUGGCUGAAUCAAUGUUGGAAGCUACUUUGCAGUACCAGUCUGGACAAAACAAAGCACAACCUUCCCCAAGAUCCGUACAAGAUUCUUCUGCAGUUCGAAGCAGUCAAGAAGCUUUACAAGAAUUUCCAACAAGAAAGAUCAGUUUGUUGUCUAGGCCAUUUAAUCUUGGCUGGCGUGAGAAGAACAAGGAAAAACCUGCUAAUGUUGAGGAGUCCGCUGAAGACAAAUCUGCUAACGAUAAAGAAAAUCCAAGUUCACAGCAACUGGACACCAAUGGCCAUCAAAUGGAGGAAAUAGAGCUGAAAACAUAAAUGUCAACUUCUGGUAUACUUUCUUGUUCAUUUCCGUCCAUCUCUCAUGCUUUUGCUCAUACAAGUGCACGUGAACUAGAAAAUUCUGUCGAUAACCUUGUGGUUUUUCUUGGUGUUUUAUGUCUUUGGAGUAUAUUCAGUGUUUAUCAUAGUUUAGCAACAUAGAUUUUUUUUGCUCGUACAGUCUUCCCCCCUUGUUCACAUUCAUUUAGUGCCAUCUAAAAGCUCAUAAAAUUCCAAUCUAUUGCUUGGGAUUUCUUUAGGUUGUAAUAGCAAUAGCCACAGUAUAGAUUUGUAAAAGUAACUUUUGUAGUCUGUUACAUAUUUACAAGAUUUUAUGAUCAUCGAUAAAUAAUAUUUGUAUUUCUGCA